AUGGAGGUCUUAGGGUUCUUGAACAGUAAGAUGGAUGUCAGAGCCAAACGUCAACUUGAAAUCUGGAUGGAAAUGGCUCCCUCCAAGCCCGAACCUCAGGGGAAGGCUCAGCAGUCACAGCCCACCAGUGUCCUCUCAGCUGCCAACGCUGCUCAGAGAGGGAAGUGCUGCUGCUGCCUGGAGGGGCGCAGCCCUGAAGGUUACGGAAGACAGUGGGCAGAGAAUGUGGAAAAUCACCCAGAGGUUGCUGCUCACACUUCAUGUCUUCAGAGCAUCACCCCUCAUUUUAUAGCUGGAGAGAUGGGGUGCACAGCCAAGGAAAGCCAGGAACAGGUUCUGGCUUCCAUCACUCAGAUACUCAGGAAUCCAUGGUUCUUGAGGCUGGACAGUCCAAGAUCAAGGUGCCUGCAUCUGGCGUCUAGUGUGGACCCUAUUCCUGGUUUGCAGUUCUUCAUUGUUAUUGUCUCAGAUCACCAAAAAGUGGACAGGGAGGAGGAGUGGAAGCAGGGAAAAAUAAGGAAAGAAAUACACUGGAUCCCAUUGUUUACAAUGUGGUCUUGGCUCCAGUGUGUUGAGGACCGAUCUAUAGCAGGAAUUCCCAAACUUGAACAUGGUGACUCGCACCAGACUGAGUCACUCCUGGAUGUUCUGGUGGGAGGGUUUUGGGGAGUCCCCCACACAGCCCCACCUUACCUCCAAGAGGCUGGAGGCCCCACAGGUGGGUACGGUGUUGGUGGCCAGCCCCUUGGUGGCCGUGGCCAGUGGGUGGGCGAGGAGACUGGUCCAGUCGGUGGACCUCAUGCCUGGUGGGUGCCGCCCACGGCACUGGGUACUUCCUUGGUCCUUUUGGUGCUGUUGGCACAGCCUUUCCAGAGCAGUGAAUGGAUGCCAGUCUCCUCCCACACCCCUCCAGGAACGCAGACCAACACAGCUGCUCUAUUAAAUGUGUGCACUUCUUAUUCUGAGUAUGUCUGA